GACGCAUGCCUACUAGCGACGUCCGUCACCGUGUUGAAACUUGGCCGCCAGUCGCGACCUAUCUGACCUUUGUUCUUGCAAUAUCACGCUAAGUUCGCUUACGAGGCAAUACUGUCGAAAUCUGCACUGAGCUCAGCACUGUUUCGAGACCACUAGGUUAUGGCGAACGCACGAGGAGCAUUGUGGGACGCUGGCCAUGAUGAGUCGGUGGAAGUCAAUCAGCGUGCUCUAAUCGACAAAGUGUUAGCCCGUUAUUCCGGAGAGUUUACAGUCUUCCGCGAGCUGCUGCAGAACUCAGAUGAUGCUGGAGCUCACGCGGUGGAGAUUCAUUUUGAGACAAAGGAAUAUAUAAACCAAAAAUCCGGACAGACGGACAGUGAACCUGUUGUGGACCAGAGGGCCGCUCUGGAUCUUAAAGCCGCCUUAGUACAUCAAUGGACUUUCAAGAACAAUGGCAUGGUAUUCCGAGACGAGGAUUGGAACAGACUCAAGAAGAUUGCCGAGGGAAAUCCGGACGAAGAGAAGAUAGGUGCCUUCGGCGUCGGUUUCUAUAGCUUGUUUUCUGUCACGGAAGAACCAUUUGUAACUUCGGGAGGCCAAUGGAUGGGAUUCUAUUGGAAAGACAAGAAAGAUCAGCUAUUUGCUCGCCGAGGUAGAUUGCCAGAUACAUCUAACGACGGAUGGACGACCUUCGAGAUGUUCCUUCGAGAGCCAGCCCCCAUCCCUCGCGCUUUUGAUAUCACUCGAUUUCUCGCAUCUUCCAUCACAUUCAUGUCGCAUCUAUCUGAAGUCAGCAUUUACUUGGAUGAGAGGCGCAUCUCGAGGUUGUCGAAAGUUAUUGGAGCCUCGAAACCUAUAACGAUUCCUAGAGGUCUUAAGACAUCGAGUCCUAAAGGAAUCAUGCAAGUCAAAGAGAUCCACACCACUCCAUUGUCAAUAAGAGCUGAGGUGUUACUCUGGGUCUACAUGGCAGGCAGCGAGGAAUCUAGAUCCUUGAAGGCAUCUUCAAAGUCUGCGCUGACGAAUGGACCAACUACAUUCUUCUCGUCUCUCUUCUCCUCCUUCACCAGUGGAAGUUCUUCGCAGCGAACUGCAACGCCCGCUCCCGAGCAGAGUGUUGUCGAGCCUGAUCCCACGACCACCAUUGAAUCUAACGUGAAGUUGUCAAUAUACGCGGCAGGGAUUGGUGUCAAACUUGAUCAGAAGCUCAAGGCAGACUUGAAUCGCGCCACUAAGAAGAACCCGCCGACGAGCCUGCGCAUAGAGUUGAUUUAUACAGGAAAGGAUGAGUAUGACGCGAGUAAGGAAGAAGACGAAGAGCAGCCGGAAAUCACUGGCAGUGUCUUCCAGGGUCUUCGUGCAGAUCUUGAUGGCGCCGGCGCUGCUAGAAUCUUCAUAGGCCAUGCCACUGGUCAAACUACUGGCCUCGCAGGACAUAUAGCUGCUCGUUUCAUUCCGACUGUAGAACGAGAGUCUAUUGACUUGAUGGACCGUACUGUUGCAGUGUGGAACGAGGAGCUACUCUAUGCGGGAGGAUUUUUAGCUCGCUCCGCGUAUGAAAUGGAGAUGGAUACAAUACGUAGCCUUUGGGUAUCUGCAGCCGAAGGCCCUGCUACCAAGGAUCUGAGUUCAGAUGAGGCAUUGCGGACUUGGUUGCAAGGCCGAGCAGUACAUGGGCUGAAAUUUUUCACGUUCCAUCCGUCCACACCUUCUGCAGUCGUGUCUGCUAAACUCGAGGAUGCAUUCUUCUCUUGUGCAUCCAACAAGCAGUUCGCCAUAAUAUCCACCUCUGGAGUCAAAAAUGCAACGGAAGUACGCAUACCAGAUGCUCUCUUCGCGGACUUCCUCAAGGUACUUCCGGUGCUCCCGGAAGAGGUACUGAAAAACGCCCGCCCAAUGGUUGAUGUGCUGUGUAGCCGCGGGAUAAUCAGAAGCAUCGAAUUCAUGGACGUUCUGCAAGAACUGCGUUCAAGACCGCUCACCGAGAAUGAGAUGCUCGCAUGCUUCAAGUGGUGGAUUGGUAUUCAAGAUCAACAUGACGCUCAAAGCCUUGAAAGAAUACGAACUGAGCUGCUCAACGCUGCAGUGUUGUUCAUCGGAGAGGGCGAGGGAUCAGGAGGCAAGAUUACACCGAUAUCCUCAAUACAAACGUUCUUGGAUCUGAGAGGCGCUGGCGCUAUCAUUCCUGUUGACGGUCCUCUGCCAGCUCAUCUAUUGCCUGUCAGUAUUAGCAAGCAUUUCAGUGCGAAGCAGCUAUCACUAGCCUUUCCCUGGAAAGAACUAGUGAUUCUCAAUUGGCUGGAAUACAUCGUCGGAUUGUCUGCCACGGCCUCGUCCGACGUCGAACACGAUGUCACAAAGUCAGCUCAUUGGGCAGAACGGGUCCUCCAGGUUCUUGCUCGUGCAUGGCCCAGUCUGGCCAAGGAUACACAGGAUCGAGCCAUCGAGUUGAUUCGGGACAAGGCCUGCGUGCCAACCUCGGCUGGCCUUAAGUUGCCGAUGGAAGCUUAUUUCCAGAAUGCGCAUAUCUUCCAUGAUCUUCCGGUUGUCCAAUUUCCGUCAAGUGCUCACGUCAAAGGAUCACUGGAGAAGCUGUUACAGUCACUUGGGGUUCGUAAACAUGUAGAUCUUCAAAUAGUUUUCGACAGGAUGAUCAAGACCGGUGAUUGGACAACUGCUGAACUUGUCAAGUAUUUGGUUGCUGUGCAAUCGAUGUUGACGCCAAUGGAACAUGAUCGUCUACGAAUGACAGCAGCAUUCGCGAAAGAAGGGGAAUCUUCCAGCGGUAGUGAGAAGAAGAUUGUGCGAUUCAAGGCUCGGGAUCUUUAUGAACCUCUGGAUGUCUUUCGAGACUUGCGGCUUCCCCUUAUUGACUGGGGCAAUCAUCCAAAAUGGCGGGGCAACUCCGAAGAAGCGAAGUUCUUGUUUGACUUGGGUUUGCGUCGAUUCCCACCGUUGUCGGUAAUCGUACGCCUUGCAGCAAACGAAGACCGGGCUGUGAAUCAGGCAGCAUUGAGAUAUCUGCUUGACAAUAUUAUUACGAAGUACACAGACUAUGAUCCUCGCGCCUUUGCAGACUUCCCGUUCGUACCUGCUAUUAAGGGAGAAAUCGCGUGCCUAGCCAAACCGCUCGAGGUUUUCGCUUCUUUUUGUUGGGCUCAGCUUGGCUUCACUGUUGUAGAAUCCAGCCUGAGAAUGGAGGCAUUAAUGAAGCUGAGGAUCGACGAACAUCCGCCGACAUCUGCCUUGGUCAAUCUGCUGCAAUCUUCCCCACCGACAACAGAAUCCACUGCUCGUGAAUGGUUUUCCAUACUCUCAAGCAGGGUCACAGAUUUCUUCCCGUCUCAACUAAAGGUGUUGUCUCAAAUGCCUUUCAUUCCCGUCCCAAAUUUUGAGAAUGGCACGACCCGGAUGCUACCUCCAAGCCAAUGUUAUUUCAGAGGAGCGUCAGAUGCCAACUUCCAUUCGAGAUUAUUCGUUUUCGUGGACUUCGGAGCUCAGGGAAACCAGUUUCUGAGUGUUUGUGGUACAAAACAUGAGCCGUCCGUCGAAGAGAUUGCUGGAAUACUGCUGCAAGAUCCUCAUCGCUUUUAUGAGCUUGCAGGAGGUCGCGAGAACUACCUGAUCGAGCUUCGAAACAUCGCUGUGAACCAUCGCCUGAUACCCAGUAGCACACUACUCCGUCUCAAACGCUCGGCGGCACUAGUCGGUUCGAUGCGCGUAAAGAAAGUCAAAUCGGCGGAGAAAGCGCAAGCAGCGGACGGCUCAGCAGAGCUGGAAGAGGACGACUGGGAUUACCAAUACGAUCUCCUGCCGCCCGAGCAAAUUGUGGUAGCGGAUGACAUGCAUGCUUACCAGUUAUUCGGGGAUUCCAUUUUUGCCGCCCCUCAGGAGGAUAUUCUAGAAGUGUUCUACAUGAAACUUGGGUCCAAGCCUCUGAGUAGUCUGAUUCGAGAAGAAUAUCGAACUACUGCAGAGAUCAAAGGUUCUCGCAAGGCGGUUGAGAUAAGGUCCUUGAUCUUGGAACGUCUGCCUCUGUUCUUGCACGAACAUACUCAUGGUCGACGAAGAGAAUCAUAUGGCGAGCUCAGCAACGAAAAGAACUUCAUCGUGAGGACAUUCGGCAAAUUGACCGUGAUGAAGUCGUUGCAAUUUGGCAAAACUCGGUCAGUGAAGACUCAAGAUUCCUCUGCGAUUGCAAGGCGUGAGGGUCGGGGUCCAAUUGAAUUAUGGCUGGCUGGAAACGACCAUGUGGAUCUCUAUGAAGUGGCCACCUCUAUGUGCCGGUUCAUCUUCGAUUCGCCGAAGCCCAAUGAUGCACUACUAUUCAUGACCAUACUGUCAACAGAUCUUAAGGCUUUAAAGCGACGAGGCUAUAAUGUGGACCGAAUUCUUCGACAGCAGAAAGCGCAACGUGAAACGUCCCUCAAUUCUCUUAAAGAGAAGCAGAACACAACAGAGCUCGCCUCCCAGACUACAGGGCUAGCACAAGCUCCGCUGAGCGGUGGCGGAACUCAGAGUCAAAUACACAGCGCUUCAGAACGAGAACGGACAGAACAACUAUUGCAACGCCAAUCGAUGGCUGCGGACUCUCAAAGCUCGUUAGGCGAUGCUCAAGAACAACUUAAUGCCAACUGGGCAGCCAUGCCAGACACGGCUAAACGAGCGUCGACAGCACAGUCGGCGUUCCGUCAGUCGCUGACCACCUGGGCACGCAGGUUGAACGGGCGUACAGAGCCCUCUGGAAUUUCUGGAUCUGAAUAUCCCUCUGGUUCAAAUUCACCGGCUAGCAUUAGCCGUCCAUCUUCACCAGUUUCCACGGGCGCACUUUCGAGUGGGACUUCAUAUGUCGGUCAACGAGAAAACCAGCCAGAUGUCGUUCCCAAGGCUACCAUAGCUACAAUGAUAAAUAGCGCUAUCAGCGCCUGCAGGCAAGAGAAGAGUAAGGAGCUGCAAGGAAAAGAGAGAAUGGAAAUGAUACGGGAGGAGGCGAACAAAACUUAUUGUGAUGGUGCCGUGAAAAUCACGCUGAUUGGAGAGAUGGGUAAUAUCAAAGUGUUCGCGUCACCAGACGUACCCGACGCAAAGUCAAUCAUGACAACCAAAUCUCAGAGCAUCGCGCGCUUCAUCUAUGUCAUCCGCCCCCUCUGCGAGGUGUACAACCUCCCUGAUGCCAGUGUCAACAUUUAUUAUGACCUCGCUGGCCACAGGAUUGCAUUCAAUCGAAAUUCCAGUUUGUUCCUAAAUUUGCGUUAUUUCGAGGCGUGGCACGAUGAGGCUGUCAAUAAAGGAGAACUUACAGAAGCAUAUUUUUCCUGGUUCUUGACUCUGGCACAUGAGAUUGCCCACAACCUGAUUGGACCUCAUAACUCGGCACAUGAGUUCUAUUUUUCCGCCAUAUCCGAAGCGCACCUUCCUGCUCUGUUGAAUUUCCUUCGCGAUGGUCAUGAUACAUAGCACGCCCACGGAUUCCGGCACCAGAUUCCUCUCAUGCUUUGUCGAACAGAUUGCGCCAUAACGUUGACCGAUGGAUCAUGUAUUGAUGGACUAGUGUGUUUCCGAAGCCCUUACUUUUGGCACUUGGUCGCACGAAUUGCAUUACGAGUACUCGAGAUUACAGAUUCAGUCGAGUCAAACC